AUAUUUCAGUUUUUCUUCGCCGCAGCCAAAAAAGCAAAUUGUUUCUCUGUGACAACCACAUUUUCUCAAGCCCACGUUCUGGUAGCACAACAUCGCAACCAUGUCGUUCGGAAAGCUUUACACCUACGAGAAAAACCCGAGGUCGACUGCGAUCCUCGCGGUUGCAAAGGCCAACGACACUCCCCUCGAGGUUGUCACCGUUGACAAGGAGAAGAACAUUCCUGCCGACUACACCAACUACAACAAGCUGGGCAAGGUCCCUACCUUUGUUGGCGCUGAUGGCUACGUUCUCUACGAGUGCAUUGCCAUUGCUGUCUACGUGACCUCGCAGAAUGAGAAGACCACCCUCCUGGGCAAGACUAAGCAGGACUAUGCCUCUAUCCUCAAGUGGAUGUCUUUCUUCAACCAGGAGAUCCUCCCCAACAUGGGUGCCUGGUACCGCCCUCUCCUGGGCAAGGACCCCUACAACAAGAAGUCUGUUGAGGACGCUUCCAAGCGUGCCCUCAAGGCCAUCUCUGUCGUCGAAGAGUACCUGAGGGACAACACCUUCCUCGUUGGCGAGCGCAUCACCCUGGCCGAUCUGUUCUCGGUUGGCAUCAUCGCUCGCGGCUUCGAGUUCUUCUUUGACACCAAGUGGCGCCAGGAGUACCCCAACGUGACGAGGUGGUACACUACCGUCUACGACCAGCCCAUCUACUCGGCUGUUGCCCCCAAGCUGGAGCUCCUCGAGACGCCUGCCCUUACCAACACUCCCCCCAAGAAGCCCGAGCAGCCCAAGAAGGAGGCCAAGCCUGCUGCUGCUGCUGCCCCCGCUGCCGCCGCUGACGAGGAUGAGCCCAAGCCCGAGCCUAAGCCCAAGCACCCCUGUGACCUCCUUCCCAAGGCCGCCGUUCCUAUCGACGAGUGGAAGCGCCAGUACUCCAACAACCCUGUCCCCCAGGCCAUGGAGUGGUUCUGGAAGAACAUGGACCUUACCAAGGACUACUCCAUCUGGAAGGUCGAGUACAAGUAUAACAACGAGCUGGGCGUCCCUUUCAUGUCUUGCAACCUGAUCGGUGGCUUCGAGCAGCGUCUUGAGGGCUCUCGCAAGCAGCUUAUGGGCUCUGCCUCCGUCUACGGUGACGGUUCCGGAUCCUUCAUCCAGGGUGCCUUCGUCAUCCGUGGACAGGAGCACGAGCCCGUCUUCAACGUUGCCCCCGACUGGGAGUCUUACACCUUCACCAAGUUGGACCCCAACAAUGAGGAGGACCGCAAGUACGUCAGGGACGAGUGGGAGUGGGAGCGCACCGUCGUCAAGGACGGCAAGGAGUACCCCCACUACGACGGCAAGGUCUUCAAGUGAAGUGACAAAGUGGUCCCAUCACUACUGAUAGACACCUAAAUUAAAAAAACAACAAAACAGACACAAAAAAAAGGGAAAUGGAUUGGAAAAGGGUAAACAGGGAAGCAAGGGACAAAAUGACUUGGGAGGGAAGGGUUCCGCCCAGGUCUGGAUGGGAUGGGUAAUUAUGGCAAGGAAAUGAGUUCACGACGGAGGAUAUCAGGAUGAUGGUACGAUCAUGAUCAAGCACGGCAUUUUCGUGUGGCAGAUGUGAUGUAAGGGCAUACUAGCGUUGUUAUCCGUUUCGGUAGAUACCUUUGCUAUGUUACAAUCUUUUGCCAACAGAGUAAACUGUGCUGCAGUCGCUAGUGAUGUUGUUUACCAUUACUAAGUUGUUGUAAUCACUUCUCCCUCAACGCCUUGUGUGAAAUGGUGCGUCUAAUUUUGCGAGUGUGCAAGGACUACCUUUAAUUAAAUAAUAUGUCAUCCCAGGCAGGUUGUAACAAACGGUCCAGACGAUGGCUCUUGUAGGAGGAGACGAAAUCUCCAACUCUCAAGCUUUAGGUCUCAAGAGAUAAGUCAAGUGCAGACAGAGCCUGCAUCCAACUCAACAUAGAAAAUAUGAGUAGAGGAUAAAAAAACGUCAUGAACACAAAAGCUGCCUGUUCCCCUGGCUAACAGAUAUCGUAAAAUGCACAGGAGGAUUGGACGAGACCGAUGUCCGGGAUUCAGGGCCCACCCCUUUAUUGCAUGACAAAAGGUGUUGCGCGAAUGUAGCUACUGACAUUCGCCUGGAAGCUGAGCUCGUUGAGGUAAUCGUGAACCUGAGGUAAAACUUGGGGGGUCUCGUAAAGGUUGCCAACAAACUCGGGCACGCGGACGAGGUUGUGCGGCUCGCUACGGGCCUUCUCGGUCGAGUCGUCCACGAGGACAGUGUUGGACUGAUCCCAGCGCUCACCCCGGGCGACGCCGGGAUGAGAGGCCGCGACCUCUGGGUCCACCCACAGCCUGGUGAGGCGCUUGUAGACCUGGACGCGCUGGGUAUAGUCGUGUCUGCUCAGACCGAACCUGUCCCUGCCCCAGAUGGCGACGAGGCGGUCCCUCUGCGCCUUGUCCUCGAUCAGGUUGUCGAUCAUGGCGCCGACGUUGGCCGGUUGGGCCGAGGACCAGACGGCCACCCAAAAGCGCGAGAGGAGAUAGUUGAUGAACGUCAGGGCGUGCGGUCGGGCGACGAAGGCCCUGGGGUUCUUGGUAGGGCGGUGGAGGAGGGUGCCGUUCAGGUCCAGAACGAUCAGUAUCGGCUUGGGGCUUUCGAGGCGGGCUGGCGGCUCGGAAGCCAGCUUUAGGUAUUCUGGAGUGGGAUUUGGGAUACCACCAGAUUCGGCCGAGGGGGCGUGAGUUAUCUUCUGAUCGUGCCUCCCAUUUUUGCCCUGUUUCCUGAACUUUCUUGUUGAAGUGGGCGCCUGAUGUGAACCCCCGUGGCCGCGAGCCUUCUCUUCCAUGCGGCCCUGAGUAGGUCCUGGAGAAGGUUGCUGUGAAAAAGAAGGUGCUAGUGGGUUGAAACCAAAAGUCCCAAAGUUGCCCAUCGGCGGGUUGAGUCCUGGGAAUGGGAUGGAGGCGUUCGCCGGAAACCCGGUCUGAUGGAAGCCCAUCCCUCCCAUGCCCAAGGGUAGCUUGCCAUUGUUCCAUGCUGAAUCUGGGUAGGGCUGAACGGAAUUUGAGAGCCCCGAGUCUUGGGAGUAUGGCCCCUGGGGUUUGGUAGAAGAGUUGGCCUGCAUUUGCGAAGGCAUGACAGCGGCGGCGGCGGCGGCAGCGGCUCUCUUCUUUUGCUUCUUUGAGAGCUUGGUCACCUUGGUGUUAGAUUUCCCACCAACGGAGGCUCCGGUGGGGACGGAAGCAGCAGUUUGCCCGUGAGCGUUUGCCUUCUUUUUGGCCUUGGACUUGGCCAUCUGCUUGGGAUUCUUUCCUUUGCCCCGAUGCUGCACACCUGCCUGUGUAUUUUUCUCGGAAUCCACAGCGACCGGAUACUGCUCUAGUUCUAAUAGUCUAUUAACUGUAUCUGAGCCGAGUGUGGUUGCUGGGCGGCACUGGAUCAGGUGAAUGACUGGUGUAGCAGCUUUGCCGCAAGGUGAACAGAAGUGAGGAGAACGACCUAGGCGCCUGGCCCAGGCACUUGUCGAUAUUGUCCUAUGGAAGGUUGCGAACUUGCAAAUCCCCACAUAUCGCAUCUAUCAAUCUUGGGCCUGCUCGCGAUGGAGUUGAGACUGGAUAGAUAGAUGGGGUCAAAUGGCCUGGAGACUGUUGGCUGAUGCGAGAGCUCGUCCUGAUGUUCUAUGUAUGUAUGGAGUGGCAAUCACUUGAAUUGACCCUGAUCUGAUUGAUGUAAAGACCCGAACGAGUCUUGCAAAACAAAAAAACACAAAUCAGAUAAGCAGGUUUAAAAACAGUUGUUAAAAAGGCGUCAGGAACCACAGUUAAGAUUGAAUCGUAAAUUUUCGGAAAACCGCUUUCCUCUCUGAUCGAGAGAUGGUUCAAU